UUGUGUAAAAAAAAAACGACUACACGUGGGGAUGACCUCCUCGUGUUUUGUCUCCAUCGAUUUCUUCGCCAAAGUUGCUGCUUCUCCAUCUCCGCGUGUUAUCUCACGCGCCGCCGCCUCGGUUCAGUCUCCGGUCACCAUGGCAUCCGCGGCUAAGAACACCGCUCGAGUUGCCGCCGUUCAGAUGACCUCGGUCAACGAUUUGGCCGCGAAUUUCGCCACCUGCUCUCGUCUUGUCAAAGAAGCUGCAUCUGCCGGGGCAACGUUGAUUUGCUUCCCGGAGAAUUUCUCCUAUGUCGGUGCAAAGGAAGGGGACAGUGUGAGAGUGGCGGAGCCGUUAGAUGGGCCUGUGAUGCAGCGUUACUGCUCUCUGGCGAGGGACUCAAACAUUUGGUUGUCUCUUGGAGGCUUCCAAGAAAGAUUCGAUGAAACGCGUCUGUGUAAUACACAUGUAGUGAUUGAUGAUGCCGGGGUUAUCAGAAGCACUUACCGGAAAAUGCAUCUGUUUGAUGUUGAUGUUCCUGGGGGAAGCUCGUACAAGGAAAGCAGCUUUACAGUUCCAGGGAAGGAUAUUGUUGCCGUAGACAGCCCUGUUGGACGUCUAGGCGUUACAGUAUGUUACGAUCUGAGAUUCCCGAAGAUAUAUCAGGAGCUCAGGUUCAACCAUGGAGCACAGGUUUUAUUAGUACCUUCGGCUUUCACCAAGGUCACUGGGGAGGCGCAUUGGGAGGUUCUUCUUCGAGCCCGAGCAAUCGAAACCCAGUGUUAUGUCAUAGCAGCUGCGCAAGCUGGAAAGCAUAACGAGAAAAGAGAAAGCUAUGGAGACACGGUGAUAAUUGAUCCGUGGGGAUCUGUAGUUGCGAGAUUACCCGACCGAGUAUCCACUGGCAUUGUCAUGGCAGAUAUCGAUUUUUCCUUCCUUGACUCGGUCAGGACGAAAAUGCCAAUCGAUAAGCACCGGAAGCCGAUAGAUCUGUGAAGAUGGUGCUGUUUUUUUCUGGGAAGUUUGGUUCUUGGAUCUUUCGUCCUAUCAAUCAGGUUGGCAGUUAAUUUUCCGACAUCUGGAAAGAAGUAAGUCUCUUGUGAAUCUAGGAAGAGUUCACGUUCUUUCCUAAAUAAUGAUAGUAUGAUUUUAUGUGGGAAUACUCUUGAGUCUUGAAGCAUAUGGACCCGUUCAUUAUUACAUAUGAUAUCCCGAAUUCGGUUAUAUUUAGUUUGGUUUUUCUUGGACCGAACCAGAAUUUCGACCAGCGGCAGUAAAGGUUUUGAUGGGCAAUCUGUAAUAAUAUCAUAGGAAGGAGAGUUUGAUUAAUGGUAUUGAUGAUGAUGAUGAUGAUGGUGUUUUUUCCAUGGAAGAACAUGUCAAUGCCAUCAACAUCUACGUAUGCAUCUUAAGUUUUGUUCAUUA